CACUACUGGAUCAUAUUUCUAUUUUUUGGGUACACGUUUAUGGAAAGUCUUUAAUUAGUAUAGAACUUAUUUUUUCGAUCCUACCAAUGAAAAGUCAUCAAUAGCUACAAUGUUCUAUCAACUCAUAGUGCCUAUAUAAGUGAGCUCAGAGCUCAUACAAUUUCACAUGCUCAGAGAAAUGGAGAUCUCACACGUAAAACUAGUUCCAGUUCUACUUUUCAUCCUUCUCAGCUCUGUUUGGUGCACUACUUCAAGCUCAAUUUCUGAAAGCUUUCUUCAAUGCUUUUCCUCCCACAUACAUUCUAAGUCAACAAGCAAAAUUAUUCUCACCAGAAAAAGUUCUUCUUAUUCCUCAGUCUUGCACUCUUCCAUACAGAAUCUCAGAUUCUUGAACACUUCAACCCCACAACCAGAAGCUAUCAUUACUCCUUUUCGAUACUCUCAUGUUCAAGCAGCUGUAAUUUGCUCCAAGAAAGAAGGCAUACAAAUAAGAACCCGAAGUGGGGGGCAUGACUAUGAGGGCCUAUCUUAUGUAUCCAAAUCUCCUUUCAUCAUCAUUGAUCUUUUCAAACUUCGGUCCAUCGAUAUUGACAUAAAGAAUGAGAGGGCUUGGGUCGAAUCCGGUGUCACACUCGGAGAGUUGUAUUACGCAAUUGCACAGAAAAGUAAAGUCUAUGGCUUUCCAGCAGGGAUUUGUCCAACUAUUGGUGUUGGGGGACAUAUUAGUGGAGGUGGCUUUGGUACCUUGUUCAGGAAAUAUGGUCUGGCAGCUGACAAUGUCCGUGAUGCUAAGAUUGUCGACGUUAAUGGCAGAGUUCUUGACAGAAAAUCCAUGGGAGAAGAACUCUUUUGGGCUAUUAGAGGAGGGGGAGGUUCAAGCUUUGGAGUCAUUCUGGCAUGGAAACUUGAGUUGGUUCCUGUUCCUCCAUCUGUAACAGUUUACACAGAAUCAAAGACCAUAAAACAGGGUGCAACCAAACUUAUUUCUAGAUGGCAAGCUAUAGCAGAUAGGAUUCCUGAAGGGAAUUUCUUGCGUUUGGUUAUACAAGGUGCAAAUGGAGAUGGUACAAAUGGUGGAAAAACUAUUCAAGUUAUAUUCAAUUUCUUGUUUCUUCAGACUGUCGAGAAACUUCUCCCCUGGAUGAAAGAAAACUUCCCAGAGUUAAGUGUAGAGCAAACCAAAUUUGCUGAAAUGAGUUGGAUUGAGUCUGUUCUAUCCAUGGCUGACAUCCAAAGAAACAAAACAGAAGUUCUGCUUCAGCGGACUCAACAAUCUAAGAGAUUCUUCAAAGCAAAAUCAGACUAUGUGACAAAACCAAUUUCAGAAGCUGGCUUGGAAGGUUUAUGGCACAUUAUGCUUCAACUAGACACAUCCCUGUUGAUACUGUCACCUUUCGGGGGAAGAAUGAGUGAGAUUUCUGAUUCAGAAACUCCUUUCCCACAUAGAAAAGGGAACUUAUAUGAAAUCCAGUAUUAUGUCAGUUGGGAUGAUGACAAAGAAACUGAGAAACAUAUUAGCUGGACAAGAAGGGUGUAUGGCUACAUGGAAGCAUAUGUUUCCAAGUCCCCAAGAGCUGCCUAUUUGAACUACAGGGAUAUGGACUUGGGGAUGAAUAAGGAUACUAACACAAGCUAUAAACAAGCAAGCCUUUGGGGUUUGAGCUACUUCAAGAAUAACUUUAGGAGACUUGCACAAGUGAAGACCUUAGUUGAUCCUGGUAACUUCUUUAGGAAUGAACAAAGCAUCCCUGUGUUACCAUAUGGGGAAAAAUAGAAUGUCAACAACAAGUAGAUGGGUUUGUGUAAUAGAAUAAACAACAAAUAGACAGGUUCAGCUUUGGUUGCUCAUUCCAUUGUCCCAACCAAUAAUAGAAUCGUUUGUUGCCUUUCUCUUGCUGUGAA